UGAACGCAUAUUCAGAUUGGUUGUGUGGUCAAGACAGUUACAUGUCGGCUUACACCAGUGGCCAGUUCACUGCGAUUUUCUUACUCUCUGUUUUUUUUCUGAAACAAGCUGUUUCACCGAACAUGAUAAUAAAACAAUCCUAAAAACACCACGAAAAACAAAUAAAUUUAAAAAAAAAAAAUUCAAAGAAAAUGAGUUGGUGUUCCUCAACCUGUUGCUGCAACAGUUAUAUAAUCCAGAUUCCGCAGCAAACUCGGCGAUAUUUCGGAGUCAGGAAACGAAACAAUGCCUCAAUCAAUCUUCAUUUCUCUUCUUCUUCUUCUUCUUCUUCAAUUUCUACUGGUUUCUCUGUUCGUGGGAUCGAAUUCAAUGCUCUUCCACGCAAACCCAUCAACAAAGUUGUCAAUUGCACUACCUCAGGUACUGAAAAUGACCUCGAAGAUCCAUCUCCAUCUUCAUCUUCAUUCUCAGACGUCGAUUGCGUAGGUACAGGCCUCGACGUUGAGUGCCUAGUCUCUUCUUCCCCUUCUUCUUCUUCUUCUUCUUCUUCGUCGUCGUCAGAGCGAACCCAGAUCGAAACCGAAACCCAGGACCAAACCCAACAGAGCCUUUUGUUCAUACCGCUAGAAGAAGCGUGGGAAUGGGCGGUGUUGGUCUCUCCCUUCUUCUUCUGGGGAACUGCCAUGGUAGCCAUGAAAGAGGUGCUUCCAAAGGCUGGACCUUUCUUCGUCUCUGCCUUCCGUCUCAUCCCUGCUGGCUUCCUCCUUGUUGGUUUCGCUGCCUCUCGAGGCCGACCCUUCCCUUCAGGUCUCGUUGCUUGGCUUUCCAUUGCCCUUUUUGGACUUGUUGAUGCAGCUUGUUUCCAAGGGUUUCUUGCUCAAGGAUUGGAGAGAACAUCCGCUGGAUUGGGUAGUGUGAUAAUUGACUCACAACCUUUGACAGUGGCUAUACUUGCAGCUUUGUUAUUUGGAGAGUCCAUUGGUUUUGUUGGAGCUGCAGGGCUUGUGCUUGGUGUUAUAGGGCUCUUACUUCUUGAGGUUCCUGCACUGUCUUUUGAUCAAAGUAACUUUUCAUUAUGGGGAAGUGGUGAGUGGUGGAUGCUUCUUGCAGCUCAGAGCAUGGCAGUCGGCACAGUUAUGGUCCGCUGGGUUUCCAAGUAUUCUGAUCCUGUUAUGGCAACUGGAUGGCACAUGGUUAUUGGAGGUCUUCCACUCCUUGCAAUCUCAGUUCUGAAUCAUGAUAAUGCUUUCAGCGGGAAUCUUGGGGAGUUUACAGCGAAUGAUACAUUAGCACUCCUGUAUACCUCUAUUUUUGGAAGUGCUAUAAGCUAUGGGGUGUACUUCUACAGCGCAACAAAGGGUAGUCUGACAAAGCUCAGCUCACUUACAUUUCUAACCCCAAUGUUUGCUUCAAUUUUUGGGUUUCUAUAUCUUGGUGAGACUUUCUCACCUUUGCAACUGGUAGGCGCAGUUGUUACAGUGGUAGCAAUAUACAUGGUUAACUACAAGAGUAGCUUGGAAUAAUUUACAUGGUCGAUAAAAAUGCAUAUAACUUGAACCGAAAAAGAAUUGAGGUCGGUUGGCUAGCGGGAUCUCCUUAUGCCUCUACUCUUACUCCUAUGAAUGGAGAUGUAUAAUAGUCUAUAUAUGCACGCUGCUGAGAUCUCGCUUCGAAAGGAAACGGACAGGAAUAGAGUGUUUUUGCCAUGAAUGUGCUGCAAUUACGGUAAUUACAGGUCAAAAAGAUGCAGUCAGAAGCAGUAAGAAGAGCAUAUUUUGACGCUGCUGGAGCUGAUCUCCAAAGCCAAUUUGGUUGUAAACUGUGGUAUCUAAAGGGUAACUUCUGUUUGAUGCUUUUAGUUGUAGAGCAGAGCAUUUACUCAAGGUAUUCAAGACCUCUGUAACAAUCUCUGUUAUAAAAUGAAUAAGAAGUUUUUUUUGGCUC